GUCUUCGUUGUGCCAGUAGCUCCGAGAUUCACGCAGUCGAGGCUACCUGCUUGGCGCAGUGCGGACCGGACUAAUCCAGUUGACAAUGCUCUUACCACGACUCACUAGGAUCCUGCGACUGCGUUGGACUGGUUUAGCUGGGCUGUGUAGACUUACUCAAACUGCUACUAGUCCGACGCUUGAGACCACGAAGGUUCACCCAGAAUCACCUAUUGGUAACUUUCAAAGCCGUCAUAUUGGACCUUCGGACCAGGAUGCGGCAGACAUGCUUAAAUUUUGCGGAUACCGAAGCAUGGACGAAUUAAUCUCCAAAGCGAUUCCCGAUGCUGUUCGUCUGAAAAGAGACUUGUGUCUGGAGGAACCGAUGAAUGAAUUCGAUAUCCUUAAACGAUUGGAGAAAAUGAUGAACAAAAAUCAAGUGUGGCGCUCUUAUAUUGGGCAGGGCUACUAUGGAACCAUCACACCCACACCCAUAAUACGCAACAUUUUUGAAAAUCCUGGAUGGUACACCUCGUACACACCAUACCAACCGGAAAUAUCGCAGGGACGUCUGGAAGCACUUCUAAACUUUCAAACGGUUGUUUCCGAGCUAACUGGAUUACCUGUUGCUAACGCUUCGCUUCUUGAUGAAGGAACAGCAGCCGCUGAAGCCAUAUCCAUGGCAUACCGAGUGACAGCACGAAGCAAGGUUCUGGUUGAUUCCGCAUGCCACCCACAAACGAUUGAUGUUGUACGUUCCAGAGCUAACGGCCUUGAUUUCGAAGUUCAAGUGCUGGACUUCAAGGAUACGAUGGAAGUGGAAAAGUUACUGGCAACUGACACAUUUGCUGCAUGUCUGAUGCAAUACCCGGACACUGAGGGAAACUUGCAUGCUGAAAUGGUGUCCAAAAUUUCAGAGAUGGCGCGCAAGCAUAAAACACUUUCCGUCGUUGCAACCGAUCUUUUGGCGUUGACUUUAGUUCGGUCACCGGGUGAGCUUGGCGCUGAUGUGGCCAUCGGUUCGGCGCAACGUUUUGGUGUGCCAAUGGGGUUUGGAGGUCCACACGCUGCCUUUUUCGCAACACGCCAAGAAUUCGUUCGAGCAGUACCUGGUCGUGUGGUUGGUAUUUCGAAGGAUUCCCACAAGCGACCGGCAUUACGACUUGCCCUACAAGUUCGGGAACAGCAUAUUCGUCGUGACAAGGCUACCAGCAACAUUUGUACAGCACAAGCUUUACUUGCCAACAUGGCUAGCUUCUAUGCAGUGUAUCACGGACCCCAAGGGUUGAGAGAUAUCGCCUCCAGAGUGCAUCGAAACACCAUUCGCCUAGCUGCGUCACUUAUCCUCGCCAAAUAUGAGAUUUGCAGCGAUGGACCCGUGUUUGACACUUUGAAGGUGCGAACAUUAGAGAACUUGCGGAAUAUUAACACGAUAAAAGAGCAGGCUCUUCAAAAACGCAUCAAUCUCCGCUAUUAUCCGGACGAACAAUCGGUUGGCAUUUCGCUGGACCAGACUGUGACAGAUGAAGACUUUAUGGAUAUUUUGUACGUUUUUGAUGCUCCCAUAACCACUGUCGAACCAGCAUCUAAACACUGUUUAUUCUCAAACCCAGAGCUUCUUCGAAAAGAUGAGUAUUUGAACCAUGCUGUGUUCAACUCUUACCAUUCGGAAACCGAAUUGCUUCGCUAUAUGAAACAGCUGGAGAACCGAGACGUCUCUCUGACUCAUUCCAUGAUUCCUCUGGGCUCUUGUACGAUGAAACUGAACGCCACCACCAGCAUGAUGCCGUGCUCGUGGCCCACGGUCAACUCACUGCAUCCGUUCGUCCCAGCGGAACAAACACAGGGCUAUGAAGCAUUAAUUCACGACCUCGAACAGGAUUUAGCCGAAGUAACCGGCUACGAUCAUGUAUGUUUGGCGCCAAACAGUGGAGCUCAGGGAGAAUAUGCAGGUCUGUGCGCGAUUGCCAGGUUCCUAAAGAGCAGAGGUGAAAUCCAACGCAAGGUUUGCCUGAUCCCCACUUCCGCACAUGGGACGAAUCCGGCCAGUGCGAAAAUGGCCGGAAUGUCUGUUCAUCCUUUGUUCAACACAAAAGCCGGCGGGUUCGAUAUGGCUCAUUUACGAGAGCAGUUGGAUCGGUUCAAAAACACAGUUGCAGCUAUGAUGGUAACCUAUCCAAGCACGUUUGGUGUGUUUGAUGAGGAGCUGCUGGAGGCGUGUGAGCUGGUCCACAACGCCGGUGGACAAGUGUAUCUAGACGGGGCAAACAUGAAUGCGCAGGUUGGCCUUUGUCGUCCAGGAGACUUGGGAACAGAUGUCUGCCACUUGAAUUUGCAUAAAACAUUCAGUAUUCCACACGGGGGUGGAGGACCUGGCAUCGGACCGAUUUGUGUCAAAGAACACCUUGCUCCUUUCUUGCCUCAACAUGCAUGGCGUAAUCCGUGCCUCAACGCAAGCCACAUGCUCUCCACCGUUGAUUCCUCACCGCAUACCGUGUGCUCCGCUCCAUUUGGCUCGGCUAGCCUACUGUUGAUUCCGUGGUCCUACAUAAAACUUUUAGGGCCAAAAGGAGUUCGCAAGGCCUCAGAAACUGCCAUUCUCAAUGCGAACUACAUGCUUCAACGAUUACGGGACCAUUAUCCAAUCAAAUUUGUCAACAAGAACGGAUGUUGUGCUCAUGAAUUUAUUGUGGAUUGCUCGUCUUUUGAAAAACACCGCAUCUUCACAAUCGACAUUGCAAAACGACUUAUAGACUACGGAUUUCAUGGACCAACCAUGUCCUGGCCCGUCCCCUCCAGCUUGAUGAUUGAACCGACUGAGUGUGAGUCGCGGGCAGAAUGUGACCGGUUGUGCGAUGCACUGAUUCUUAUCAAACAAGAGAUCGAGAAGGUCGCUCGAGGUGAAUGGCCGAUCGAUUGUAACCCACUGAAGCUUGCACCACAUACAGUGGAAGAUGUGACUUGCGAUAAAUGGGAUCGUCCCUACAGUCGUCAGGAGGCAGCCUUUCCCGCGCCAUGGCACUGCGUCACUAAGGGUCUAUUCGACAGGCGAAGUAAAACUUGGCCAACCGUUGGUCGCAUAGACGACGCAUAUGGAGAUACGCAUUUGUGUUGUGCCGUCCCAACCGGAUAUUGAUCAGUCAUAUAAAGCGACAAUUAAACAAGCGAACACUUGUCUCUCGAUUGUUCGUACAGUUACGUACGAUAAUCCCAGUGACAGAUCUCGUUUGAUGCUUCUUUCCGUCAGCUGAAACACCAGCCUGAAAUUUUGACAUAUAUUCAAUACUUUCAACUCUGGUGCUUCACUAAUUUCAUUGUUAGUAAACUCAUCUCAUUUCACCAAGUGUGUCAGUUGCCCCGAGGACAGAGUUGUCCAACUUGGAAGGAAU